ACGUCAGUUUCCAUAUGUUUUCUAUUUACAUACGUUUACAUAAAAACGCGCGCAUUCGAAUCGAGAAUUAUAACAAGGAAACUUAAUGUUUUAUAACAAUUUAUUAGUAUUUUAAUAACAAAUUAACUAUUUAAAAGCAACGUUUGUGUUAAACAUUUGGCAGUGAUGUCAAAAAACGUACGAAAAGUGAAAUGGGGCUCUCCUGAAAUAACAACUAAACGAAAAUGUCUGGAUAGAAAUAUAAUGAGUGGUAUACAUGAGACCGAAAACCUGUUCAUGUCCGAUGGAGAAGAGGAUAGCUUUUUCACAGUCUCGAAACUGAAUUCUGGAAACAAUUACAAAGUUGCUUCCAAUGUACUUGAAGACCAAAGUGAUUCGGUUUUACACAGCCUUGAAAACGAUACCAGCUUAUUUUGCGCACAGAUGACAAACGACAUAAAUCGGGAAUCAACACUUUUUGUAACACAGCCGAAUUGCAGUUUCCAAAUAAGUGAUUUCAAGGAGGACACAUUUCUUUCAAAGUCUGUACUGGAUAAUGUCAUGUCCAAUUGUAAAGAAACUAUUACAUUAGAAAAUGAAACAAAUUGUUUAUUUUCCAAUACAGCCAACGAUAAUCUAACUGUUUCAGCCGUGGAAAAUAUGCUUAACGACACUCCUCUUGAGCUUUUCGGUAGUCCUAACACGGAUCAAAACACAAAUAAAUCACCGGUGAAAAAUGUUACCACAAUCAACACAGAUAAUAGCAACAACUUUCAUAUAGAUGACAGUAUAUUUAAUACGAUUAAUUUGCAUAGCGAACAAAUUAAUGAAAGUCAAAAACAGUUAAAGAUUGAUGAUACAUUUUUUGCGAAUAUAAAAAUUGAAGAUUUGACGAAAGAUGAAGAAACCGAACUCUUCGCGGAUGUGAAUGUAGAUACAGAGGGAGUACAAAACUCUCAAAGAUUUCUGAAUGACGUUGCAAUAUUCAAAGUACCACAUGCACCAGCGCCAAUUAAACACAAACUCAAUAAUGAAGAAACCCAAAACAAUGUUAUUACUGGCAGCCAAUAUAUGGUAAACAAUGAGUUGCCAAAUACUACGGUACUCUCGAAUCUUUCGCGAUUGGACUGGGAUUCUCAAGUAUUCUCUGAUAAACUGGAAAAUAAUUUUCCUAAUAAAGGGGACUUUUUUGGUUUACCAGACAGAGUGAAACAAAUGAUAUUCACUCAUAAGGGUAUACCGAACUUAUAUGAAUGGCAAGAAGAAUGCUUAAAUUUACCAGCCAUACAUAUGCGCAAAAACUUAAUAUAUGCGUUGCCAACUAGCGGUGGUAAAACAUUAGUUGCUGAAAUAUUAAUGCUGCGAGAGGUGUUGUGCCGCGAGAAGGACGUACUCUUCAUAUUACCCUACGUAUCAAUAGUACAAGAAAAGGUUAGUGCCAUGUCGCCAUUCGCUAUAGCGCUGAACUUUAUUGUGGAUGAGUAUACCGCCGGUAAAGGAAAAUGCCCACCCAUGAAGCGGAAGAAACGUAAAUGUAUAUAUAUAGCUUCUAUUGAGAAAGGUGCCGUUUUAAUGGACAGUUUGAUCGAGGCACAACGAGCGGAUGAAAUAGGUUUGGUGGUGGUCGAUGAAUUGCAUCUGAUAGGUGAAAAAGGACGAGGAGCCACAUUAGAGGCUUUACUUACCAAAAUUAUGUUUAUAGAUGUUAGCAUACAAAUUGUUGGCAUGAGUGCAACAAUCGGAAAUCUAAGCGAGGUUUCCACUUUCCUAAAAGCAGACGUAUAUACACGAAGUUUUCGCCCAGUGGAAUUGAAAGAAUAUAUAAAAUGUGGCAAUGAUAUAUUAGCGAUAAACUCUGCAGGAAAAACGUUGGAGGAAGUAUUUGUUUACAAUCGAAGCGUUGAUUUUAAUUAUAGUGAGUCUAUGGCACGUACUGAUCCAGAUCACUUGGCCGGUUUGGUGGCAGAAUGUGCACCCGAACACUGCGUGCUUAUAUUCUGUCCAUCGCGUAAAAACUGUGAAAAUGUCGCUUUGCUUUUGAGCCGUAUUUUACCCAAAAAGUUUUUGCAAUAUCGAAAACGUGAAAAGAAGGAUCUUAUGGACGCGUUGGAUAAAGUAUGUGGCGUGCUGGGAGAUGUUUUAGCUAAGACUAUACCUUAUGGCAUAGCCUAUCAUCACUCGGGUCUGAUAAUGGAUGAGCGUAAAUUCAUAGAGACUGCAUAUCGUUUUGGUGUAUUAAGUGUCAUCUGCUGCACAUCGACUUUGGCGGCUGGUGUCAAUCUGCCCGCUAAACGCGUUAUAAUACGUGCACCUUAUGUGGGCGCCGAAUUUAUGACACUGUGUCGCUAUAAACAAAUGGUAGGACGCGCUGGACGCGCAGGCAUGGGCGAAGCGGGUGAAAGUUUUCUAAUUACAACCAGUCGUGACAAUGUACGCGUUGGCGAAAUGUUAUUUUCACCAAUGGAUAAGGCCAUCACUUCUUUGGAUUACGAAAAUUGCAUUGGUUUACAGAGUUUGGUGUUGAGUGCUAUUGGUUUGGAAAUUGCCUCGUGUCGUGCGGAUUUGUACCGUUUAGUAGGCAGCACUUUGCUAUCUGUGCAAGCACCACAACUAGAACUAUCGACCGAACAAAUGGUGCUCAAACUGAUACGCGAAAUGUUCAAACAUAAAGUAUUGGAGUUGUGCUCACCGGCGGCCGCUGCGCAACGUAAUACAUCGAGCAUACUUACGACGCAGGAUGUUAAAAAUACAACCAACCGCACUUCACAGGAGCACCGCAGACUGUUCAUUAGUAAAUCGACACGUUUUCAACUUACAAAUAUCGGACGUGCGGCCUUUAAAGCCGGCAUUGACUAUCAACGGACCUAUGCAAUACAUGCCGAAUUGAAAUUGGCACAAAAGCAACUAAUACUGACAAACUAUGCACACUUGUUGUAUCUCGUUGUGAGUUUCAAUUCGAAUACAAAGGGUGAUGAAUUAUUCCAAACUAAUGCGAAUAUCCUUUAUCGCGUGUAUAUGUCGUUGGAUGUAACAACUCAAUCGCUCUUCCAUCAACUGGGCUUCACCGAAGCGAUUGCUGUUAAAAUGGCAAAAACCUUGUCCGUGCAAGGCCCAUUAGAAUUGAAGCUAAAUCGCCUCUAUAAGGUGUUGGUUUUAGUGGAUAUUUUAAAGCUCACACCGUUACAUAUAGUAGCGUCGCGUUAUAAUGUGGAACGUGGCAUGCUGCAAACGCUUAUCAGUCAGUCAACUGCUGGCGCCAGUGCAAUAGUUCGUUUAUGCGAACAACUCGAUGACUUUUGGUGUUAUAAAUCACUUUUCGAGCGAAUCAUACGCAAAUUGGAUCGUUGUGGUACAAUGGAGUUGGAACCGUUGCUCGAUUUGCCAGCCGUUAAAAUAAAUCGUGCUAAGCAACUUUAUAAUGCCGGUUAUAAGACAGUCGAAGAUAUAGCCAAAUGCAAACCUAUUGAUUUUGUAAGAUCUGUGGAACAUAUGCCUAUGAAAAUAGCUAAAGAAAUUAUCUCCGCAGCUAAGAUUAUAUUAAUGAAGAAGUUGGACUAUCUGGAGGAGGAAGCUGAGGCUUUGAAAGUCUGUCUGCAAUAGCCUACCAUUACAACGUGUUAUACAAAGAACACAACUCGUUACUCUUAUAUAGUAAAUUACUUUAUUUUAAUUUCACUUUCACUUUGUUUUUUUUUUUUUACAUAUUUCAUUUUCGCUUAUGCGCAUUUAGGCGAAAUUUAGAAAAUACCUAACUCUACUAUUUUAACAGUGUAAUUUGCGGAAAUUUUCAACAUAAAACUACUAUUUUUUUUUAACAAUUUAGUCACAUUAUAAACUCACUAUGAAAUGUUAUACCAUUUUAAAAUUACAAUUGUAUACAAUUCAGUACAAAAACAAUUUACAAUAUAUAUAUAUGUAAGUAAGUAAAACAAUUAGCGAAUUAGGGGCACAAGACUAAACGAAAUCACGGGGAAAACAGACAUAUCUAUGCAUAUGUAUAUAAUGUAUGUAUGUGUACAAAAACACAAUAAUUAAAAAUAAAAAAAAAAAUUAUAAUUAAAACAGAAAUCAUAAAAGUUAACUCAUU